AUGCCGUUGAUGAGUCGUGCCCUCCGUUUUUGUUCACCGCGAGCGACUUCUAUACAAAGCCUCAUCGCACAACCACCACCAUUCCCUCAGCAAUAUCUAAAGACGAAAGUUUCUCUCAACCGAUUGCAAAUCAUUUCUCUUUUUCAUCGCAUGCCUGCACGGAGGCAACUCUCGCCUGACCAGCCUGAAGAGUCGAAUUUGAAGCGGCGCAAAACUGAAAUUGGCCAGCCACGAUUUAUUCGGCCGUACGGCGCCAUGAGCUCGCAAUCGGAUGCAAAUCCAACGACUUUCGAGUUGACUGAAAGCGAGACUCAAUUGCGCGAACUUCUUCUUGGCGUAGCCACUUAUAUCGACGAAGCGUCAACCACCGAUGAAAAUGCCACGGGAGUAGAAGUGCCCGCUGAGCUUAGCAAAGACAAAAUUGUGCUGCGCUGGACAGGUGGCUGGGUUCGAGAUAAGUUAUUGGGCGUGGAAAGUCACGAUGUGGAUGUCGCAAUCAACAAGAUGACCGGCGAGCAAUUUGGACUCAAGAUGCUGGAAUAUCUCAAGAUUCCCGGCAAUAUAGAGAAACAUGGGCUCAACAGCAAGGAGGGUGAGAAAAUUGUAUCAGGAUUGCACACUAUCAAAGCCAACCCUGAAGCCUCGAAGAAUCUGGAAACAGCCACCAUUAAGAUCAUGGGCAUAGAUCUGGAUCUUGUCAACCUCAGAAAGGAGACGUACAAUGAAGUCAGCCGGAACCCGGAGAUGGAGUUUGGCACCGCGGAGGAGGACGCAAUGCGGCGUGACGCCACAGUCAAUGCCAUGUUCUACAACCUCAAUACCCAGAAAAUCGAAGAUCUGACCGGACGUGGAUUCGACGACAUGGCCAGCAAGAUCAUUAGAACACCAUUGGAGCCUUACCAGACCUUCAAGGACGAUCCGCUACGCGUACUACGGCUGAUCCGAUUUGCCAGCCGUCUAAAUUAUAUCAUUGAGCCGGAAACAGCGGAAGCCAUGGCAAAUGCAGAUAUCCAGCAGACACUCAAAGUCAAGAUCAAACGCGAAAGAGUUGGUAUCGAGUUAGAGAAGAUGUUGCGAGGACCUGAUCCACAUAUGGCUCUUGCACUUAUCCACCGAUUCGGUUUGUACCACACCAUCUUCACCGAUCCAUCCAGAGAUAUGUCUUCGCAACCCGACGUGGACUACUUUGAGCCCGCAUACAACUUCAUCAACUCAAUGCAUAAAUCGGAUGAUACAUCUAUUGUUGAUCUGUCACGUACGCUUUUGAGGAAUACGGACGAAAAAUACCUCUCAUGGGUAUGCGCAGCUGUGAUGCCCUGGGCUGAUGCUCCACAAGUUCCAAACUCGAAGCCUGCAAGACCACCAUUCUACGCAGCAUACUUGGUGGCUCAAGAAGGUUUCAAGGCACCGAACAAAGUUUGCGAUGUUAUUGCCGCCUCUUUGAACAACAGCGAAGAGAUUAGGAAACUAGUGGACAAGCGGCCUCGAGAGAGGGAUGUUUUGGGCAUGGCAGUCCGGCGCUGGGGUCCGACAUGGAGGACGCAAGUCUUAUUUUCACUGGUGUAUGAGAUCGUAUUGGGUGCUGUUUCGAAAGAUACCAUUUUGAAGCAGUAUUUCGCAUUCGUUGCUCAAUUGACAGAAAAGGACCUCUUGGAAGCCGACACUUUCAAGCCUCUGGUCAACGGGAAGGAACUGGCUAGCGCUAUGAGUAUCAAGCCCGGCCCUUGGAUGAAAGAUGCCUUGGAUGUAGUGAUGGCCUGGCAACUCCGCAACCCUGGUAUCACGGAUCCCGCUCAGGCCAUAGAAGAAGUCAAGAAGUCUAGGAACAGUGAGCUUCCCUCCAGACUCAUCAAACAUUUUCUUUCGCUUACCAUCCCGCCGUUCUUUCCGCAGACUAGCUCUUCUGAGAACAAAGAGAACCGGCCAUGGAAAAAUGCGAAAAAUGAGUACUUCUUGGACCUGCUGAAGUGGAGCCUGAGGGCAAGCUCGGAGGCUGAUGUAAAGAACAACAUGCCUUUUUUGCGCCCGCCAAUCAUGGAAUUGCUUCUCGACACCGACCUUCUGUGGCGAGCUCGAGCCUGCGAACUCAUCACCUUACUCGUUGAUGCUGCACCGCCUACCUUCAUCAUCACACACGGGUAUGAUAAGAUGUUUUCUUCUGAGCUUUUCCCUUUCUUUAGCUUUCUACCCUCCAUCACCCCAGAAUCAGAAACCGUGGCUCUGUUCGAAAAUGUGUUUCCUGCUCUUAUUGCGAUCUGUAAAGUGUCUGGGAAGGAAGAGAAAAUGCUAGACAAGAUUAUCCGUGACGGCAUUCUGGCCCCUCUGCAUCAUUUUCCGACACCCGGCACAUAUCCCAAACUGGCGACACUUUUGUUCACACAGCUUGCAGGUUUGUUGGAUCUGUUGGAGAUCCAUUCUGUGAAGCAUCUACAGAACAUACUUCCCCUUCUCAGCGCUAUCAUACAAGAUCCCCUUACGCCGUCGCACCCUCCUCUUCUAUUGGCUGCGUGCAAAGCUUCGCAAAACGCCAUGCUCAAUGGCUGGCCUCGUAUCGAUGCGGAGCGUGCUAUGCAGAUCUACGCAUGGGCUUGCCAGGCCUGGGUCAACUGCCGGGACUUCAAGGACCCUAAAAGCCUGGACGAUGCUCGUAACGAGUUGAAGAACAUGGUCAGCAUUGUGGACGCGCUUUUAAGGCAGCACAAGAACGAAGAUGUGAGGAAGACUUGGGAUGCGGAAAAGGUGAGGGCGAGGAAGCAAGGGCUCUACCAGGGCUUUUUCGACGCCCUCGAGUAG